AUGGCCGCAUCGUACACGAACAGCGUCGGCACCCUGCCCGAUGAGUUCGACAUCAUCGUGUGCGGUGGUGGCAGCUGCGGAUGUGUAGUCGCGGGACGACUUGCCAACCUUGACCACAACCUCAAGGUUUUGCUCAUUGAGGCUGGAGAGAGCAACUUGAACAACCCUUGGGUGUUCCGUCCUGGAAUCUACCCCCGGAACAUGAAGUUGGACUCCAAGACUGCUUCUUUCUAUGAGUCUCGUCCUUCAAAGUGGUUGGCUGGUCGCAAGGCCGUUGUGCCAUGUGCUCACAUCCUCGGAGGUGGUUCAUCAAUCAACUUCAUGAUGUACACCCGUGCCAGUGCAUCUGAUUAUGAUGACUUCCAGGCCGAGGGCUGGACCACUGAGGAACUCCUUCCUCUCAUGAGGAAGCAUGAGACCUACCAGCGAGCUUCUCAGAACCGUGAGAUUCACGGAACUGAGGGUCCCAUCAAGGUUUCUUUCGGAAACUACACAUACCCUAUCAAGGAUGACUUCCUCCGGGCUGCCGAGUCCCAGGGAAUUCCCACUGUGGAUGAUCUCCAGGAUCUCACUACUGGCCACGGUGCGGAGCACUGGCUCAAGUGGAUCAACAGAGACACUGGCCGUCGAUCGGACAGCGCUCACGCCUACGUCCACGCCACCCGCGCCGUCCACAGCAACCUGUACCUGGCCUGCAACACCAAGGUUGACAAGGUUAUCAUCGAGAACGGCCGGGCCGUCGGCGUCCAGACCGUUCCCACCAAGCCCCUGCACCCAGGCCAGCUCCAGACCCGAACCUUCCGUGCCCGCAAGCAGAUCGUCGUCUCUGGCGGAACCCUCUCCUCGCCCCUGAUCCUCCAGCGCUCUGGUAUCGGUGACCCCAAGAAGCUCCGCGCCGCUGGUGUCAAGCCCAUCGUCGACCUUCCCGGUGUGGGACUCAACUUCCAGGACCACUACCUCACCUUCUCGGUGUACAGGGCCAAGCCUGAGACUGAGAGUUUCGAUGACUUUGUCAGGGGUGACCCUGAAGUUCAGAAGAAGGUCUUUGAUGAGUGGCAUCUCAAGGGAACUGGCCCUCUUGCCACCAAUGGCAUUGAAGCCGGUGUCAAGAUCCGUCCCACACAGGAGGAGCUCAGGGACUUUGAGCGCUGGCCCACUCCCCACUUCACCGACGGAUGGAAGUCGUACUUCCAGAACAAGCCUGACAAGCCCGUCAUGCACUACAGUGUCAUUGCCGGCUGGUUCGGUGACCACAUGCUCAUGCCCCCUGGCAAGUUCUUCACCAUGUUCCACUUCCUCGAGUACCCCUUCUCUCGUGGAUUUACCCACAUCAAGUCUGCCGACCCCUAUGAGACUCCUGACUUUGAUGCUGGUUUCAUGAACGAUGAGCGUGAUAUGGCACCCAUGGUCUGGGGCUACAUCAAGUCUCGUGAGACAGCCCGACGCAUGGAUGCCUACGCCGGUGAAGUCGAGAACAUGCACCCCUUCUUUAACUACGACAGCCCCGCCCGUACUCACGACCUUGACCUUGCUACCACCAAGCAAUAUGCCCUCCCCGGCAACCUUACCGCCGGUAUUGGCCACGGAAGCUGGUCCUCUCCUCUCCCCGAGUGCGACAGGAAGCCCGGUGCCCAGAUCCUCAACUCCAACAAGGCGCACAUCCGCGAGGAGCUCAAGUACGGCAAGGAGGACAUCGAGGCCGUCGAGGAGUGGGUCAAGCGCCACGUCGAGUCCACCUGGCACUGCCUCGGAACCUGCUCCAUGGCACCCAAGGAGGGCAACAGCAUCGUCAAGCACGGCGUGCUCGACGAGAGACUCAACGUCCACGGCGUCAAGGGUCUCAAGGUUGCCGAUCUCUCCAUCUGCCCCGACAACGUCGGCUGCAACACCUACUCGACUGCCCUUCUCAUCGGUGAGAAGGCUGCCAUGCUCGUGGCUGAGGAUCUCGGCUACUCUGGCGAUGCUCUCAACAUGACUGUGCCCACAUAUAAUGCCCCUGGAGAGCUUGCCGUUCGAUAUCGUCUUUAA